AUCCAUAAGCAAACAAUAAAUCACCCAGGGUCGAGAACUACAGCGUUUACAGCGGUCCAUUCUCAUAAGGUAAACGCCCACUCUUGGAAGCGGAAGACGGACCAGCUCUCUCUGGUAGUUUCGUGGUAAACUGGAAGCUACUGAACUCCAUUUCGAUGGCAGAUCUGCACUCAUCAUGGGUUUCUAUCGACUCUGGAGGAGGCAGUGAGAAGACAGUGGCUCCAGCAGACAUUUAAGCAGAGACAGAUCUGAAUCUCCUGCAGACAUGAGUUGAUGAAUCGAUCGAUGUCGAGCUUUUAAGGGGUAAGGCUUUUCUUUUCCCCUGACGGAUGUGAUGCUUUCCUGUGCUUUGCGAUGUGGUAUGCUAAUGUUAAACACGCGAGGUUUUCAGAUGACUCCGCUAAGUUCCGCAGCUAGCUAUCCGUCAUCAUCUGUUGCGAACUUAAACCACAAUUUCACUGUGAAAAAGCACGUCCACGAUGUUAUCCACAUUACACAUCACCUUACAAUAACAACAGUGUCAUUUUCUGAGGGAUAUUCGCUGCCCUUAGUUAUUUUAGUGACCCAUGCUUGCUUGUCCCAGCACUGUGGCGUGGGUCAUAAACCUGCUCAUCUUAACCACUGCUGUUUUUCUGUUGUUGUUAUUGUGUAACGGUCUGCGCGAGCUGUUUCCUAUUGCACUAACUGCGCGUGCGUGUGACUGUUUUCAGGUACCCCCCCUUCCCGGUGUCUCUGCUGCCAUGGAGGUGGGCACCCUCCCCGUGGAGCUGUGGAGGGUUAUCUUAGCCUACCUGCCUCUUCCUGACCUGGGCCGCUGCUGCCAGGUGUGUCGUGCCUGGCGGGAGCUCGUCAUCUCUCUGGAUAACACCCGCUGGAGACAGCUGUGCCUGGGCUGCCCAGAGUGCAGACAUCCCAACUGGCCCAGUCAGCCCAAUCUGGAGCCCCCGUCCUGGAGAGAGGCGCUGAAGCAGCAUGCGCUGGCCACCCGGACCUGGACCCAGAACGGACCAGAACUCCAGUCCUCUACCUGCCUCCUCUUUUUCCGCCGCAGAAAGGACCGCAGGGUUUGGCAUGUGGGACCUGGGUGUGAGUUUGAAACUCUGCGAGGUGCCCUAGGCGUGGUGGGGCCAUAUGAUCGUGUGGUUCUCCAUCCAGGAGUGUAUGAAGAGCAGUCUGAGGUGGCACUGAAGGUUCCUGUGGAGUUGGUUGGGCUGGGACGGUUGGGUGAAGUUGCCCUUCUGGUGUGUCUGGAGCAGCAGUGUCCCACAGCCAGGUUGUGUAACCUGGUCUUCAUGCCACCCUGGUUCUCAACUGUGGUCUACAAGGUAGAGAAAAGCUUAUGACCCUUUUUAAAGGGAUAGUCUGGCGUAAAAUUAUUUUAAGGUCAAACACACCGUAGCACUGAGUAAGACACCCCGUCGAGAGAUGAAUGUUGCCGACUGCUUGCAUCUCUAGUUAUACCAACUUUAGUCACAACCGCAGAUAGCAAUACAGAGAUACACAAGCUCAACCAAAACGCCACUCUAUAACCACAAAUAAUGCUGAGAACAGCACCUAACUUCAUCAACAGGACAUAGAGGGUCCUAGCCACAGCACUAGCCACCAAACAUCUUUUUAGUUUCGCCUGAUUUUUUCAGCAAAGACACUCACCCACUCUCUUCCAGCAGCUGCUUGUUAGUAUGGAGACCGCCGGACGAGUUCAGCAACAGCAGCGGGGUGACGCAGCUCAAGGAAGAACAUUUGUGAUCAUUGCUUUAUCAUUUACUUUAAGUAAUAAUCAUCAUGUUAAUGAUUUUGUACUGCAGACACGGUAGUUCUUCUGCCUUAGCUUUUCGGUCUGAUUGUAUUUCCAUGAAGAAAUGAUCAUAAACAUUAUCAAAGUAGCAAAAGUGCAGGUUAACAUAAUUAUACUUCUUUUCUUCUUAAUUUGUCUGAAUUAAUUUUGUCUCCUUGCUUUCCUACAGACAUCAUGGGGACAUGUUCAACUUGACAACUGCAACUUUGAGGGGGCUCAGUUGCAAAUCCAUGGCCCUGCAACCUGCCAGGCACGCUUCUGCUCCUUCUCACAAGGGAGCUCUGCCCAUUUAGUUGGCGUCGUCUUAAGUUUGUUCGACAGCUGUGACUUCUCUGGGAGUGACACAGCUUCAGUGACCGUUGAAGGUCCUCCGGUUUCAGAAAGGAACUGGGCCUGUAAACACUUGGCUGCCCUGGCUAGGACGUUCCCAUCCUGUGGCACUUCUGGGAGUCACAAUUGCCCUCCAUUUCCAAGCUCCACUGCUGGGCAGAAGCAACUUGGAGCUAAUGGCAAAAGGGAGCCUGUGAGUUUAGAGGACUUUCAGAGGAUGACUGGGGUAGACCCAGCAUGUCAGGGCACAGUUAUUGAAGAUUGCUGGAGUGAUAGUGAACACAGUGAGGUUGAGGAAGAGAAAAGAGACAGAGGAGAAAAUGUGAACACAAAAAACCUGUGUAAAUUGGACUACAAAAUCCCAUGUGACCAUCAUGGCCUUUCUCAUUUGCUCAAACCUCGACUGGAUGGCUCUUUGCCUCUUGCAUCCUCCCCAGAUCCUCCAUCAGCAACUCCUGAACCUCUCACCCUUCAACAGGAGUUAGACAGGGACCCAGUGGCUCAGAUGUUGGCAGUAUCCACUCUUGGCUGUAUCCUGAGACGCUGCCUCUUCAGGGAAGGGAAGGGUGGUGUGCAUUUGUCUAAUUACGGACAAGCUCGCCUGGAAGAGAAUGUUUUCCGUGGGUUGAACUAUGCUGUUCGCUGCCUCCAGAACUCCACAGUAAAUAAAGUCAAAUAAUAUUUUACAGAAUAAUAAAUGCCAUUUUAAAUACCUUUUUCACUUUUGAACAAUGACUCUUCUAAGGUAGUAUGCAUUUUUAAGGGCUGUAUCAAGUUAACAAAGUAGCCCAGAUAGAGAAUGAUUAAAACCACUUCAUUGUUGAGAAAGUUACCUGAGCUGUCUCUUUUUCUUUCUCACCUACCUCAGAUAGUGAUGCUGAGAAACGAGGUAUGUGAGUGCCAUGCCUCAGGUGUCUUCCUGCGCCUCUCUGCUCAGGGCCUCAUUGCAGAAAAUAACAUUCAUUCAAAUGGUGAGGCAGGGCUGGACAUCCGGAAAGGAGCAAACCCGGUUAUUUUGGUAAGGCUGGAUAAAUGACUUAGGUUAACUUUCAAUUGGAGAUCAGUGUUUGUUGUUAUGUCAUGAAACUUGAAUGAAACAUGAUUUAAGUCAUGUGUAGAGCUAGUGGGUACAUUUCAGGGUCUGACUUCUUACAGGCUGUUUGUCUUUUACACUCUCACUCUGUCUUUCCUUCCACAGUGCAACAGAAUACACAGCGGUUUGCGUUCAGGGGUUGUUGUACUUGGCAAUGGGAAAGGUUCAAUUCGGAGUAACCAGAUCUUUAACAACAAGGAAGCAGGUGUUUACAUUCUCUUCAGCGGGAAUCCUGUGGUCAGGUAAGCCGGACUGUUCAUGUAGCUAAGAAAGCAAAAGUCCUUCUUCCCUUAAUUUUAUUGAUGAAGAGGCAAGAGUUUUGUUUUUGUUUUGUUUCAUUUUUUUGUAAGAUGUGGUUCAAAGAGUUCCACUUGUAAACAGAAAUUAGUCAACCCAGCCAUGUGAUUUUGCCUAGAGGCUGAGCUGGUUCAAGUUCUGCUCCUGUUUUACUUGAUUCUGCUCUCUCUUCCUCUCCUUAGUGGGAAUCACAUCUUCCAAGGCCAAGCAGCAGGAAUUGCCAUUAAUGAAAACGGAAGGGGAAUAAUCACAGGUGUGUGUCUGCUCCACCUCCCUCGCCAUGUUGAACAUCAGCAUCUGAAAUGUGUUCUUGAUUUCCUCCUUCUAUUAAGUGCCACAUCAAAAAAAAUAAAAGCACCCCCGAUUGCUCGGUCAUCUUUUCUUACAUGUAAAAAAUGCAAUUCCAGAAAAUGUGAUCAAAGAGAACCAGUGGGGAGGAGUGGAUAUCCGUAGAGGAGGUGACCCCAUCUUGAGGAACAACUUCAUUUGUUAUGGCUAUUCAGAUGGUGUUGUGGUUGGAGAGAGAGGCCGUGGACUUAUUGAAGGAAACCAUGUCUACUGUAAGUAUGUCCAACCCAGUUUACUACUGGCAUGGUACAUUUCCCUCGACACAAACAUUUAUCUUCAACUUACUCUUUUAGGUAACAAAGGCUGCGGUGUGUGGAUUAUGUCAUCCAGUCUCCCGCAGCUCCUGGGAAACUACAUUACCCAUAACUGCAUGUACGGGCUGGCAGUGUUCUGCAGAAAGGACCCAGAGAACAUGGAGGCCAGGGAGGGGAACUGGCCAGGACAGGACAGGAUUGGAGGAGAUGACGGCCGUGGGGAGAGGAGAGUUGUGGAGGGAGAAGGGAGAGAAAGGCAGGAAAACAUGAACGAAGAAGGGGAAAUGUUUGCAUGGGAAAGUGAUCUGGACAGUGAGGAUGAGCGACACUCUGCCCGUCGUUCUAUCAGUGUGGCCCUUGUGGAGAAUAACUGCAUAAACUACAAUGGCGGUAAUAAAUUGACCCGAUGAAGACAGCAAUUUCAAACACACAGAGUCCCACCACUUUUGUCUAAUUUCUUGUUUCUCUCUCCCUCCACUUUUUAUAGCAGUUGGUCUUUAUGUGAAGAGCAGUGAACCCCUCAAUGUUUUUGCUAACCUGGUGAACAGUAACCGUGGUACUGGCAUUGCUGUGCUGCAGAGCAGCCAGCUGACCCGGCUGGUCACAAACUGCAUUCUUGAAAACGGUCGAGGUGGUGUCUCUGUCGAGAAAGACUGCAGAGUGGAGCUUCGCGGUAACGGCAUCUAUAAAAACAAAGGUCAUGGAGUCAGCUUGAGUGGUAAUGGGCAGGUUGUGGAGAAUGAUGUGGUUGGUAACCGUGGUUAUGGGAUCCGUGUCUCCGGCAGUGCUGACAUCAAGGUGAAACUAACUGACACACACGCUCAGAAAAGUUUUAAGAACUGAACAUUUGUCAUCGUGUGUUAUCAACACAUUACUUAUGUUCUUUUUCCAUUGUUUUUUCUGAAGGUGUUCCGAAACCGUGUUCAACCAGCACAAGGAUGUGGCAUUGCUGUGCUGGGUCCAGCAAAAGGGGUCGUCCAUGAUAAUGUCUUAUACCAGGGCCACCCUGGAAACAAAAAAACUCUUCUUCAUAUGGAUCCUGGCAAUGAGAGCUGUGUGCUGCGCAACAACUGUGUUCUAAGGCAUAAUAACAGGUAACUAGGCAACAAGAAGAAAGAGCCAGACAUUGAAAGACCACCAGGAGCUUUAUGGUCUUUGUGCUCCCAGUUUCCCUCUUCUGUUCUUACUCUCAGAGCAGAUGUUGUGUACAUACAUAUUGAUUUAUGCAAAUAUUUAUCUAACGUCAGUGCUGAUGAGGAGUUUGAGCCCAUCCUAGUUCUUCACUGUUCCUGAGAUGGCAGAUGGCAUCAUUUUCAGCCUAAAAAUACACAGUCCAGUACCUUAUGUUGGACGGACAUAGUUGUACAACUGGCCAAUGAACACCUAGUGGUGCAAGAAGCAGCCAAAGAAUCAAACAUUAUCUCUCUUGACUUGUUAAGAGAUCAGUAAGAGAGCUAGGAGAGUGAAUAUUUGACAAGCAUCCACUAGGUGGCCACACAUUAAAGGAGUAAGAUUGUGUGAGUAAAUGUUGAGUACAUAAGGGUCUGUGCUACUUCAAUAGUACACAUAACAAGCUUGAAUGGUAAUUUAUCACAAUUUAGGUCUGCUCACAGUAUACGGACAGAAAUGGAAAGCUGUUGCAGGUUUGACAUCAUCAGCACUGCUUUUGCUUGAAAAUAGAUCAUUUACAGUUAUUUUAAUAUCUCUGUUUUUUUUUUAGCUUUACGUCUGCUCCACCCUGGGUUUUGGAAAAUCCUCCCCCUCGUCCACUGGCUAGUUCUCCCUCCGGCCUCUCCUCAUCCCAAUAUCCUUCACGACUUGGGAUUUCCAUGACAACCAAGAUUAGUGCCACUGUAGAAAGUGGUUGCCACAGUGGCAGCAUGCUCUGCUCCAUUCUGUGAACACUGGCUAGGACAAAAAAAAGUCAAUUUUUACAAGAAGUUACUUUUGAACUGAGGGGAAAUCAAACAUUUUGAGCAAUCAAAUCACCCUCAGAGAGAAGAUUCCUCCAAAGAGAUUCCCUCCCGUCAAGGUGGAGUUACCAUGUCAUGACAAAGGAGGUAGUAUAACCACUGAAGAGUUGAACAACAUUUUGUAAAUCUGAAGUUGUCUUUUAUAAUUUUAUGAUCAAAUUCCUGUGGUUUUGUACCAUCUGAGUGAAGCUAGAGUGAUAAAUAUUCAAGCAUCAUUCUCAUGUUAAAGCUUUAACUUAUGUACUUUUUCAUGCAGAUUUCAUAUUCAUGCACAUCUCUGCUGUGGACCUAGUUGGUUUUGAUAGUUCACUUCUGGGACUCCUUGGACACUGAGUGCACAUUUCUAAAUCUGAACAGAAGUCCAAGGCUUCCGAGAUGCUGGCUUCAACCAUGUGACAGAGUAAAGCUGUGCCUUGUUUGACUUUUUAAUCAAUCAAUGAUUGUAGCUAGGGAAGGAUUGUUAUAUUGUGAGGUGUUUAUGCAAAAAAAACAAAAAAAAACCUAAUUUAAGCUUUUGCCUCUUGCACAGAGCUGCUGUUUCCUCCUGAGCCUGUGUUUUUGUAUCAAGUCCACCAUGAUGUUUUAACAUGUGAUGCACCUGAGCUUUCUCUCACGUAGCAAAGGAAAACGCAAUAUCAUUAGUUAUAUGCUGGCAGUUUUGUUCAAUAACAGUAUAAAAUAUGUGCUGUCUACAACUGUGCCUACAUGUUUUGACUGUCUACACUAAAAGUUUCUCAUCUAGAGUUUGCUUCUGAGCCCAUUUCUCUGCUGUUUUGUAUCUUGCACAAAAAGCGUUAGGUAAAAAGAUAAUGCAUAGUCACAAAGCUCAUGACCUUGUCUACAAAGUUCUUUAAUAAACAAUUCUUAUUUGUUGCAUUUCCACCA